AUGGCAUUAUCUUUAUUUAAAAAAAAAGAACCUAAAGAAGAACCUAAAGUUGAUGAUCCAAACAUCCAAGCAGAUGAAGACAUAAAGGCAAACAACCAAUUGACUGAAUCGACUGCAGCAGAGUCUGAAGUAAAAUCUAACACAGACAAUAAAAAGAAAAGUGAUAAAAAAAAAAAAAAUGACUCUGACUCUUCAGAUUCAUCAGACUCAUCAGAUUCUUCUUCAGAUGAAGAGGAACCUAAAAAAGUUGAACCCGUAAAAGUAGGAAACAAAAACAAGAAAAAGGAUGACUCCGAUUCUUCAGAUUCAUCGGAUUCUUCUUCAGAUGAAGAGGAGACUAAAAAAGCUGAACCAGUAAAAGAAAAGGCAGCAAAUAAGGAAAAGAAAAAAGCCGAUUCAGAUUCAUCAGAUUCAUCAGAUUCCUCAGAUUCCUCAGACUCAGAUGAGGAAGUAAAACCAACUCCCCCAGUAGAAAAUAAAAAAAAAACAGCUAACUUAUUAGGUAACCAAAAUAAAGUAGAUGGACAAGGCAAAAGAAAAAACGAUGCUUCAUUUGAUAAAGGAAAAAAUAAAAAACAAAAAUUAGGAAAAGAUAACAAAAAACAAAAAAUGAAUAAUGGAAUAAACGGAAUGGCAAAUGAUGAAUCAAAUAACUUAGAUAAUAAUAACAAAGGAAAGAUAAUUGCAAUUAAUAAUAUAAGUAAAGAUCAAAGUUAUGAAGAUUUAAAUGAUUUUAUAAAAAAUAUGUUAGGAGAAUUAUAUAAUGAAGAAGAUAUGAUGUUAGGAGUUAGUGCAUAUUAUAAUUGUGCAUUUGUAUUUUGUCAAACUGACAAUAUUAAAGAAAAAUUAUUAUUUAAAAACAAAGAAAAAUUUAAAGGUGCACCUCUUAUUAUUACUGAAGGAAAUCUAUCAUCAACUAUAUAUUUAUAUACAUCAAACCCCAAAUUUAAUGAAGAAGAUGCUAGAUCAUUGUUUGGUGAGUAUGGAAAUGUAACUAAUAUCUAUGUAUAUGGAAAUAACAGUAGUAAUAAUAAUUCACACACAAAAAAAACAAAAGUUAAAAUUACUUAUGAUUCACCAAGAGGUGCUUUAAAAGCAUUAGAAAAGGAUGGAUAUUUGUGGAAAAAUUAUUAUAUACAAGUUACACCAUCAACAAAUACUAAUAGUAAUCCAGGACAUAGUAAUAACAAUAAAGGGGACAGAAACAAUAGCUUCUUUAAAAAAAGACCUGGAGGAAACGGAGGAAAUGGAGGAAAUGCUGGCAAAGGAUUUGGUGGUAAAAAGUUUGGAAAUAACAACAACAGAGAUAACAACAAUAGAGAUAACAAAAACAAAUUUAAUAAAAAACCAUUUAACAAUUUUAAAAAUAAGAAAAAUUUUGAAAAAAAUUAA